UGCUGUUGAUAAUGUUGAUGUACACGAUGAACAAGGGGACGACACGUGAACACCUGUAAUAAAUUGAAAAACACAUGUAAAUUUUUUUUUUUCUUCUAUUGAUUUUUUUCUUUAGGUUAUCAGGAAUGCUACAGUAGGCACGAAUUUAGACAUUUUUAAAAGUAUAUAUGAUUUUGAUAACUUAUUGAGAAAAGCUCAUUAUUUUUGGUUAGUAUUUGUCAAUAACUAUAAGAAAAAUUUCUUUUGAAUUAGAACUACUACUGACAACAUGACACAAAAAUUUUUUUGUUUGUUGAACAAUGCAAACAGUAUAGGGUUUUUUUUGUAUUUAGCACGCAUCAUCUGUUCAUUUUUCCGUAUUGUUCUUUGAGGAAGAAGAAAAAAAAAAGGAGAAAAUCCGUCCUUGUUUAGUCAAUCGUUUUACAAUAAAAUAUUGGAAAAUAAAAGAACAGGAAAGAGUCAAAUUUGGUUAUUUUGACCUUGCCUUUACACAUAUACACUUCAUAAUAAAGACAACUAACAUAAAGUUGUUCCACUUUUUCUUUUUCUUUUUUAACAAUAAAUGGAAAUGAUUAUAUAAUUUUGCCAAUUGAGACAGUAUAAACGAUUAACUAAAAGACUGUAUGAUGGACAUGCUCGAUUAACGUGUCAAUGUUUAGCGGAAUGAGAAUGAAAUACAAUAUAAUUUAACAGAGAGAGGAGCGAGAGAAAGCUCGAAAAUAUAAACGAACAGAAACAUUAUAAAUUUGUUUUUGUUGAGUUGUUCAUAUUACAAAUUAUCAAGUAGUAGAAGAAAAAAAAAUUAUGUAAGGUUUUAUUCUAAUGCUCUAGGGUUUGAUUUAUCAAUGCAAAGUUUAUUGAUCAACAUCUGAUCAUAUAGAGAACAAUAACCACGUUGUUCAAUAGAGAAAUAGUUAUAUGAUCAAUAUUGUUUCUCUCUUGUGCUAAACAACGAAAAAAACAAACAAACCAUAUACACAUUUUAUUUUUCCUAUUGAAAUUAGUGACAAUCAUAUGCCUUGUAAACCAAAUGGUACCAUUCGAGGCCAUCAUAGUACCAUGUGCUUCUUCUUUUUCUGUAUGUUUUUACGGAUGAAUAGCACAGUUUUAUUCUUAUUCUCAUAUUGAGAUGAAUUCACGUAAGCAUGAAAUAUUUAUUUUUAAUUGAUCUUAAUUUAAUAAAGAUGACAAAAAGCAUUCAGAAAAGUAAUAAUAGUGGACUGUUUCUUAUAAGACAUUUUAUAGUCUCCUUAUAUUGUGGUUAGCAUAGCACUCUGACUUAAACGACUCAAAUUUGACAAUACCAACUAGUUCACUAAGAUAGUUCUUUUAUAUCUCUUAACAUGCCCUAAGUUAAACGUUAUCCAGAUGAGUCAAGAUCAAAACAAGAAAUGAGAUCAACAAUUAUACACGCGCACGGUGUUCACGUGUCGUCCCCUUGUUCAUCGUGUACAUCAACAUUAUCAACAGCAAGUAAAAACUGUCGAAACUAUCAUCAUCAUAAUAAUAAUAAUGAUUGCGCGACGUUAAUUACUUCAUUAUGUCCUUGUCAUUGUCGACAUGGAAUGAAUACGUUGUCGCCAUCAUCACCGCAUUAUAAUAUAAUUGGCAGUAAAACUGGUGGUGGACAAUCAAAUUCAAAUUUAACAAUUUUAAUGACUACAAUAGCAGAAAAUGGUUGUAAUACUGUGUCAUCACAACGAAAUAAAAAACAAGAUCGAACGACAAUAACAACGAUUGAUAAAACGCAUCAAAAUUAUAUUGAUCAUUCUUUAUCGUCUGAUUCACAAUCAAAUUCAGAUAAUAAUAUACAACAUGAACAAAAUGAUAUCAAUCAUGGAAAUGAACAACGUUUGACAGAUAAAGAUUAUAAUCAUGUAACAAUAGCCGAUUUUGUUAAUCAUGCAAUAUAUCCGUGGCAUGUCAAUAACCUACCGAUUAUACGCGAUGUGGAGGUGACAAUAAAUUGA